UGCAUUUUCCUCCCAUCCCCUUCGACGUACUAUUUGUUGUGACAACGAGAACGGUUUUUAUUGUUAGUGACAUUUGGGUUGGAAAAAGGAGAAAGUAUCGCGCCCACAAGGUGGGCCCCAAGAUAUCCUUAUCAUUGGCAAUAACUACGCAACACAUUUUCGCUAGAAGGAAUACUUGCGGAACAGGUGUGUGUUAAGAAAACAUGACAUCACAACCAUCGCCUGCUUGCUACGACGACGACGAUUGAUAUACGCCGAACUGGGCAAGAAAGCGGCGCAAGGUUGUGUGGAGUGAACGGUGCAGUGCAAACAACGGAUAACGCGCGACAGGAAAAGUGAGGAGAAAUCUGCAAAACAGAAGCGCGUGCUGUUGGGGUGUGCACUAUAUGCACUGGUGCGGGCAUUUUAACAAAUAGAAAACACUGUCCGAACAUCAUCCGUUCGGAGUUUUACGCAGGGUACUUGUUGCUGGCCCUAUUGUUUUCGUUCGUGACGUGGCUGUACUAACUUGGGCAAGGUAUGCCCAACGGGACGAAUGUAGACUGGUCCAGAUAUGGACUCGGUAGCGAUGAUUCAUCGCCGACCGAACGAAACCGUGCACACAGCCGCACCGGUGGUGGGAGCGGUGGAUUUGUCGAUCUAGGCAAUGAAUACGAUUACGGCGCCGGAGGACAUCAUGCAUCGGGCAGGGAUGAAAUCUUUGCCGAAGAUCAGGGCGAUAAACCUUGGUGGAGAAGUAACUUCUUCAUCUCGCAACCUGUCCUGUUUGGAACGUGGGAUGGCGUCUUUACAUCCUGCUUGAUCAACAUCUUCGGUGUGAUCGUAUUCCUGCGAUCUGGAUGGAUUGUAGCCGAGGCAGGCAUCAUGAAUGCCAUACUGAUCGUCUUCUGUGCGGUGGGCAUUGCUCUUGUGUCCGUACUGUCAGCCGUUGGUAUCUGUGAGCGCUGCCGGGUGGAAAGUGGUGGGGUUUAUUUCCUCAUCGCCCACACGCUGGGCUCACGAUUCGGUGGAUCGCUCGGGCUGCUCUAUUGCUUCGGACAGGCUGUGGGCUGUGCGUUGAAUGUGCUCGGUUUCGGUGAAUCGAUCGCGGGUCUGGUUGGAUUGGAAGGGAACCAGUGGGCGAUCCGUGGGUUUGCCAUCACAGCCGUCCUUCUGCUCGGUGUUAUUAAUGUGGCCGGUGUAAAAUGGGUCGUAAAGUUGCAGUUCGCACUGCUGAUCGUGAUUCUAAUGUCCGCGCUAGAUUUCAUGGUAGGCAGCUUUAUUGGAGAGGCACCCGAGCACGGUUUCGAUGGCUGGGGAUCGGGCAACAUGGGACUGAAUCUGUGGUCUGCCUACACGGACGGUACGUCUUGGUUUACCGUGUUCGGAGUGUUCUUCCCAACGAUCACGGGUAUCCUGUCCGGCAUUAACAUGAGCGGUGAUCUGCGUGCACCAUCGACGGACAUUCCAAAUGGUACGCUGGCUGCGCUCAGUACAUCCACGUUCCUUUACAUGGUGUUUAUACUGUUCCUGGGUGCCACCUGCCAACGAAGCCACCUUCUAACGGAUUAUCAAAUCGCAGUUAAAGUGUCUGCGGUCGAGUUCCUGCUGCUUGCCGGUAUCUACGUAUCAAGCAUGUCUUCCUGUCUAGGCGCUAUGUAUGGUACACCGCGCGUACUGCAAAGCAUUGCAAAUGAAAACGUUAUUCCCGGCAUUGGUAAAUUAGGCAAGGGUCGUGGCCCCAACAAGGUACCGCUGUACUCGAUGGCUGUAGUGGCAGGAGUAACGAUUACAUUCAUCAUCAUCGGUGAUAUUAACACGCUGGCCCCGAUCGUCACGAUGCCGUUCCUGCUGACAUACGCUUGCAUCGACUACUCAUACUUUGCACUGGCACAAACGUUUGACAUACAAAACAAUCGCGAAGAGCGCUUCAGGAUACAGGCGCAGAGUCCACUAUACGAAACAAGAAACUACGGUGCAACUGGAGAUUAUCAUGAAAACAACGAUCUCGACCAGUUGUUCCCGGAACGAACACGACACAAAAAUCUAGGAACCCCAACUAACUCACCACAACAUGUGCCUUCAAAUGCCGCUACCAGCGCGCGAUCGCAACAACCAAAUGGAAUACCUCACAGUGCAUCGGUUACCAGUGCGGACUCGGAAGUUAUUUUCCGGGACGGUACAAACAGUGCGAAUAACGCCAAUUCCUUAAGCGAAGCGGACGAUGAGCCGAUCGCUCCGAUUCGACCACCAAUUCAUUCCAAGACGAAAAAUUGGUACUCUGGUUUCUGUAACCGAUGGGCCUCACUGCUGGGUGCUGGUGUCAAAAUACUCGUAAUGCUGCUUGUAAGCUGGGUGUAUGCACUGAUCUGCAUCGGGACGGUGCUCAUCGUGUGGUUCUACGUUGGCACGGCAAACCCAGCUGUGAAACCGGGCUUGGCACACGAAUUUCGCUUCUUUGUAUGGUUGAAAAAUGUCGUUUUCCGUUGUUUUGGAAAACGUGUGCACGAUUAUGAACAGGUCGUAGUUACCCAAACGUGCCCGAACGUAAACCUCGCCUCUGCUCAACUGAACGAGGAAAAUGAAGACUUUGCCUCACGGCGACGAUAUCACCAGACUGCGGUCGUUCAGGGACGGUAUGUUGAUGAAGUGUGAAUGGAAAGGUAGGCACAACAAAGAGGAUACUUGUGAUUUGUGGUGUACAGUGUAUGAUGUCACCGGAAAACCAAACAAAACAAAUCCCCCCAAUUUACUAGCCACAGACCAUGUACCGUGUCUGCUCCGUAAAACGAUGUAAACCCUUUCGUUACAUGUGUGUAACCCGCCGUAUCAUAUAUUCGAUCGCCAAAGUGUAUUGUUGCUGGAAAAAUGUGAGUCUUUGUAAAAUCUCACACAUAAAAAAAUACACGUACAAGGUAUAUGUGAAACAUAUUUAGACCAUCGUAGAACAUGAUCGUAACAAGCAAUAUCGAGCAUUACACAUCAAACAAGGAAGAAGAAAAAAAGGUCCGAUGUAUCGUUUGCGCACGCAACGGAAACAACGCAAUCGGAAAGCCUCGAUGAGAGGGUUUUUUUCAGUCGUCUGAACACAAAUAAGUAGUAUAGGAUCAAAAUGAAAUUAUGUAAAUACGAAGGUCUUGUUUUCCUUCCUAUUGUGUUGCAGCUUACAGUCUAGAUCGUAAGAUUUGUAAAUUGAUUUUCCUUUUUAAAUAAUGUAUUCCAGUUAAUUUAUUAAUGUACUCGCGACACCCAAUUGUUGGGCCACUAAUUCCUCACGAUGCUGUAUAUUAACACUGCUCUAAUGGAAGCAAAUUUGAGAUUACCAAAAUAUUUUGUUACCGCUAAUCGGACACCUUUUUUAUCGGCAUUUUACAUUUGCUGGAACCCAAGGAAUUCAGUAUUGUUUAGUGCACUGUGGUCCCUCCUUUUUUGCGCUGUAAACCCGCUACCGAGAAGGCCAUUUAGCGGUAGAUAGACUGCUUAUAAUUCAACCUAACAUCCCGUGCGCAUCUGUGGAACCAAUCUUAGAUAAGUAAAACUAAUUGAUAUAUAAACAUUUCGUUUUGUCGCGAACAAACGGAGAACAAUAAACAUGCGAUAAGUGA